UGGAGUGUCUCCCUGCCCUCCAUUUGUGCUGACUCUCAGGUGGAGGAGAGAGAAGAAGAAGAGGACGAAGAGACGCAUUUCCAUUAACUGCGACUUCGUUUGAUGUGAAAGAUCCUCCUGACUCUCCCAGUCUCGUCGUUCUCUUUGGAAGGAUCAAGAAGAUGGUCAGCCUAAUAACAGGUGCCCUUGGCACGUGGGUAGUCGCUGCGUCUCUCUGCGUUUUACUGACGGUAGAACCCUCUUCUGCGACAGCCAUCGCUGUACCAGAAGCCGAGCCUGAACCUUGUUGUGGACUGGUAGCCGGGGCUCUUGGCUUUGCUGGGGGCUACCUGAUCGGUCGCCAUUCACAUCGCCACCGGGGAUGUGGCGGUUGCGGAUGUGGAGGAUGUGGAGGCGGAUGUGGAUGGUGUGGCGGAGGAUACUACGGCAGGAGGAGGAGGAGUCUCGACGAAAUCUUGGAGGAGGAUGUCCUGGAGGACAUCUACUGGCAGAUUUCAAACGAGGACCAAGACCAGUGUGGGCUGAAGCUCGUUUGCGAGUUGGCCCAGAAGGACCCGAAUGACCUGUCAAAAGAGGAGUUCAUGAUUCUGCUGCCAUAUCGAGGCCGGAAGGAGGAGGUAACAACAUCAUAUUACGGACUGUACGACCAGGCAGCCUGGCACGGGCAAGAAGGACAUAAGUGUCACGAAGCGUUUCCUCUCUGCGCAUUCACUUCUGCGCAAAUGAUGUUAGGUUACAAGAACGAUACUCGUUUAACUUUGUAAUCAACUAGCUCAUUUCUCUUAUGUUUUUUUUAAGGUUGACAUGAUUUGCCCUUCUCUAUUCUCUGAAGUCUGUGACCUUGUGUUAACGAGGAAAUAAAUUCAUUUCAAGAGA